AUGGCUUUAAAUCCACCAAUCACUUAAACUGGGGUUCCAUUAAGAGUGGACCAAGAGUUUUUUAUAUUGUUUAGAAAUGAAAUGGAAGGAUAAUUUAAAAUUGAAACUAUGGGCAAAUUUAAAGCAAAAGGAAAAGUAAGUAAUUGUUAAAAUUUAGGUAUUUGUCACAACAUGCAGAAUUGUUUUUGUAAAUGACAAUUUUUAAAGGGAAUCUUUUAAGUCUUUUGAUAUUCCCUUGGCUUAUUUGAGUGCUGAGAGAUUUCGGCAACCAAUAUUAGGAAGUAAUUAUUUAGAGGGGGAUGUUGAUCCAUUAUAUAAUCUAUUACCAGGAAGAACUCAUUUUAAAUUAUGGUUCAAAGCAGGAGGUAGGAAUCAUUUAACAUACUAGGGUGUGAUAGAUUUCUAAGGAUACUAUUUUCUGUAUUAACAUAAAUUAGAAGAUCACGUGGUUCUGGAUAACGAGUUCCUGAUGCUCGUAUGAUGGAAAACUUUGCAAGAACAUAAAGUUAGGCCUUUGUUGAUCCUAAUGAUCCAAGUGUUAUCUAUGUACAAUAACCUCAGUUGUUGUAAUAAUCUUAUGGAAAUACAACUUGGGGCAUUCCGUAAAAUCGAAAUUAAGUUUCUCCAAUAGGGGCACCCAUUUAUAGGAUGCCACAAUAACAAUAUUAAUAGCCACCUAUGAAUCAACAGUAUUAAUAGCCUACUUAAGGUUAUCAAUAAUAUUAGUAGAAUCCUUAAGGUUAACAAUAAUUUUAACAGAAUCCACAGUAGAAUUUCUAAAAUGUACCUUAAAUGGGUAUUCCUGUUAAUUAUAAUAUGGGGUAUUAACAAUAACCUUAAACAAAUUACACUCAACCUGGAAUUUAAUAACCAUAGUAGUAUAUUAAUUAACAAACCAAUCCAUAUUUUCAAUAAAAUCCUUCAUAGAACUAGGCAAUCAGUCUUUCUGUCUAGCCAAAUCAAUAAUAAUAAUAAUAGUAAUCAUCAUAAACAUAUGAAAAUUAAUCACCAUAACAAAUAAAUUAGAAUGAAGUUCCUUCCAUAUAAUUAAAUCAGAAUUUAUCAAAUACUUAAUUAGAAUAAAAUAAUAAUUAAUAAACACCUAUUUAAAAUAAUGAUCAAGUACCUUAAAACUAACCUUAAGCUGAUUAAGUUAGGAACCAACCAAAUACAGCUUAUUAUUUUGGUUUAUGGGGUCCAUAAUUACAAUCGAAAUAAAAUGCAAUAUUAUGA